UGGUCUUAUGAUUGAUUCUGUCCAAAAAAAAAACUUCCCUUGUGAACAGUUAAAUUUGCCAUGCAUUCACAGGCAAAAACAUUCUGUAAGUACACUGAAGGAAAAAAAAUCUCUACUGAUAUGAGUGCCAGAUAUUCUUAUGUGGUAGGUUUUAAAACCUUACAUCCCCCAAAUCUGAUUGAAAGUUUUGCUUGCAUCUGAUAUUUAAACCCAGACACACCUACAAAUUACAAAACAUUUCAUUAGGCAUGACUAAACUAUAAUACUGAGUUGUAACCAAUCAGAGCAUUUGUGUGUGUUAGUGAGGUCAGGCAUUGGGUUUACUUAAAUGGAGAGGGCUGCUCUCAUUCACACACUGCUAAAAUCCAGGAUCACUCUUCAGUUGAAAACGUUCUUCAAGACGAACACACAACACUAACAUGCAUAGUAAAGAUCAAAUCUGCCAUGAGGACUAUCAGAGAACUGCAGACUGGCUGCUGUCCCAGACACAACACAGACCAAAAGUAGCCAUCAUCUGCGGCUCUGGACUGGGAAUGCUGGCAGAUGCGCUCAAAUGCCAAGACUCUUUCAAAUACUCUGACAUCCCUGGCUUUCCUCAGAGCACAGUGAAGGGUCAUGCUGGAAGGCUGGUUUUUGGAGAGCUCAAAGGGAAGACCUGCGUGUGCAUGCAGGGCCGAUUCCACAUGUAUGAGGGACACUCACUAAGCAAGGUCACUUUUCCAGUAAGAGUGUUCAAGCUACUGGGUGUCGAAACCUUGAUGGUCACUAAUGCUGCAGGGUCAUUAGCGGACAGUUAUAACUGUGGUGAUAUUAUGAUCAUACGUGACCACAUUAACUUCCCUGGACUUGCUGGACUGAACCCGCUCAGUGGCCCUAAUGAUGAUAAGUUUGGUCCUCGAUUUCCACCCAUGUCUGGGGUUUAUGACAAAAGCCUACGGAAGAUGGCGUUCGACAUCUGUAAGAGCAUGGGCGUCUCUCAGUAUGUCCAAGAAGGCGUCUACUGCAUGGUGGGAGGACCCAACUUUGAGAGCAUAGCUGAGGCCGGCCUUCUGCACAAACUGGGAGUGGAUGCAGUUGGAAUGAGUACCGCACCAGAAGUGUUGGUCGCCAGUCAUUGUGGCAUGAGGGUCUUUGGUCUCUCCCUCAUCACUAACAAAGUGGUGAAAAGCUAUGAGGACAAUGAGUCUGUCAGUCAUGAAGCUGUGCUGGAAGUGAGCAAAAUGCGCUCGGAGACGCUGCAGGCGCUCGUCACAGAGCUCAUCAGCCGCAUGGACAUCAACAACAACACGGCGUGAUGUCAUCAACACUGGAACUGCCAAUCAAAACCUCAUCCAGGAAAAUCUGCAGAUAUACUAUGAUCAUGUUUUCUGUUUCUUUAUACUUUUCAAUGCAAUUACAGAGCAUCUGUUUCAAUAACACAUUUUAAAUAUUUAAAUGUUAAAAUGUUACUAUUUGCAGUGAUCCAAAAUAUGAUCUAGUUUGAUGGUGCCAUAACAACAAACUUAAAACACUGGGCUAUUCCAUAUGUUAUUCAUUAAAUGUUAGUCUUUUUUGUGCUGUGAAGGCUGUAUAUGCAUUUGUAUAUUGAUGAUUUCAUAAUAUUAAUCCCACCUUUUUUAUGCAGAAAAAAAUAUGCAAUGCUGUUCAUUAUACAAAGUAAUAUAAU